AUGACUUCACCUGAGCAUAUUUAUUUUGUUGAUCAGUCUGCUUCAACAAUUAUAUUGAACAUCAAAGCAAAUCAAAAACUUAUUGUUGAUCUCAAUGCUUCAAAAACCAACACACUUCUCAAACCCUUAAUCGAAUAUUUAUGUUAUUCACCAUUGCUGAAGGUUGUGGCAAUGCAUGAAGAAGUUCCUCUUGUUAAUCUCUCAAGGCGUAUUCUACUGCAAUUUAUAACAAAAAAACUAAAGAGUAUUGAAGCUGGUGAUUUACACAAGAAUGGAGGAAAAAGGAAAGCUAAAGUAUCUGCAACUAUUGCUGUGAAUGUUCCUAGGAAACUUAAAAAGAUGAUGAAAAAGCCAAUGUUACCACCGCCUGUGUUCAAAGACGAUUCUGAUGAGCGAACAUAUAGUGAUGAUCAGGGAGAAGAUGUUAUUAGAAAUGAUGAAUAUGAUACUAUUAAUACUACGGAAGUUCCAAUUAUUUCGAAACCUUCUACAACAGUGGCUUCUCCGCAAGUAUCCACUUCACCAUUUUUAUCUGGUCCACUUGAGUCGGAUAUUUUUUAA